CCGGAACCGGAAAUGAAGUAAGAAGAGGAAGUGGACUGGGCCGGGAGUAGGGAGAGGAAAGGAGAGGAAGGAGAAGGAGGAGCUGGAGCGGCUCCGUCUGGGAUGAGUUACAAACCGAUCGCGCCGGCCCCCACGGGCUCGAACCACACACCACCGGGGUCCAGCGUUCCUUCUCCUUCAUUACCGUCCUCUUCCACCUUCCGACCGGCAUUCAGUGACUUUGGCCCCCCGUCCAUGGGCUUUGUGCAGCCAGUGAAGGUGUCCCAGGGAUCCACCUACAGUGAGCUGCUCUCUGUCAUCGAGGAGAUGGGUCGCGAGAUCCGGCCCACGUACGCCGGCAGUAAGAGCGCCAUGGAGAGGCUCAAGAGAGGUACUGUCCGCUGUGGCCAGAGCAGGGGCGUCACCCCUGAUCACAAACAGAAAUAGUCUGCUUUGGAGAUCCAGAUGGUUCAGCAGCCCAGUCCCACGGGCAUCAUCCACGCUCGAGCGCUCGUCAGAGAGUGUUUGGCCGAGACGGAACGAAGUGCUCGCACAUAAAACCUGUCCAAAGCACACACCCACGCAGCACCGCGCUGCCCCGCCCAUUACAACCCCCUCUGCAGUGACACAAACUCUGAACCCCAUUACAAAUCAUUCCUGCUUUUCUUAGUCCUUCCAAUACCCAUCACAUGAGUCCCUUUGAUGUGAAUAUUUGUAAUUUUUGCAGUUGAACCAAAUAAAG